AUGACGGAUUCUACAAUAGAGUCCCCAGCAUCAUUGUCUACUUUAUUUCUUGAUCAGCCACCCAGCUGCUUAGCCUUCUGCCCAACCGCUCCCGAUCAUGUCUUGAUCUCCACCUAUCUGCUCACAGAAAAUCCCGGAGCAGCAGAAAACUCCACGCCAGAAUCAGUUCGAACCGGAAGCCUCCAACUCUUUCGCUUUGAUCCACAUCUAUGUCAUCUCUCUCCGGUGCAAAAGCUUUACUUGGAUUCGGCAGUUUUCGACUUUCAGUUCUCGCCACGAGAUCCAACUUUAUUUGCUGUGGCCCUAAGCACACCUGUCGUAUCAUUAUAUCGCAUUGAAGGUCCUAGUGGUGAGCCGAACGCUUCGGUGAAAAUAGUGUUUGUGCGCUCCAUUAAUGUCCAUGAAAACGCCAGCCAAUUGGCUUUAUUUCUUGCCUGGAUUCCUUCUGGUGGCUCUAGUCGAGAUGAGAAUGAUGGUCAAGAAAUUAAGGAUGGCUUUGCGGUGUCAUUCUCAGAUGGCCGGGUUUCUGUGUUUUGCACAGAUGCAGGAAUUGAGAGCACCAAUGAGAUCGCAAUCUCUGAAAUUCGGUUCACUGGAUACCCUAUCGAGGUCUGGUACGUUGCUUUUUAUUUAAAAACGGUUGAACAUAAACAAAUUUCAGUUUUGUUCGCCGGCGAUGAUAUGCAGCAUGUUCGUGGGGUCACACUCGAGGAAAUUGAAUGUUCUGGAAAUGUAUCAUCACGCGCAUGGCAAGUUGACGACCGUGGACGAUGUCAUGAUGCAGGAGUAACAGCUAUUGUGCCUCUCUUCGCCGAUGAGGUGGGCACGAUUCUUCUCACAGGAAGUUAUGACGAGCACAUACGGGUUUACCACUUUAAGCCCCGGAGCGAAGUCCUGGCAAGCAAGAAUAUUGGCGGAGGAGUCUGGCGUCUCAGACUAAUAAAAAUUGAGCUUUUAGGGGAUGCGGAUAGAAGCACACCAUCACAGUGGCAAUUGGGAUAUAAGCGAAUCCGAAGUUAUCUGGUUUUAGCUAGCUGUAUGCACGGGGGCGCCAGACUACUCCGUGUGAAUCAUUCUGUCCAACGGGAAGACGAUGAAGGACACUGGGAGAUCGAUGUGACUACCGAGUUUAGAGAGCAUCAAAGUAUGAACUAUGCCUCAGACUUCUAUAAAGGCAGGAAGGGGGGAUUCGAAACGGACACUCAGGAUCGUACUGUUCUUUGUGUGACAAGCAGCUUUUAUGAUAAAAGGGUCUGUGUAUGGAAAGCAAGUACUUGA